AUGAGCGCGCGCUCGAGCCAGCGCUCGAGCUUCAACGGCUCGCCGCGCCACCUGACGGUGGAGGAGAUGAACCAGCUGUCCAUCCGCAGCCUGGAGGAGCUCAACCAGCUCUCGCAGGCCACGCGCGAGUUCGGGGAAGUGUACAUGGGCAGCCCCGACGCCUCGCGGCGCAGCCCCAAGUUCCUGCAGCGGCUCUUCGACCCGCUCGAGAGCAAGAGCGACGCCGAGUGCCUCUUCCGCGUGCGCAUCUCGGGCAUCCAGUGCCGCAACCUGCAGGGCCGGCGCUUCAGCGGCAAGAGCGACCCCUUUGUGGAGUUCUACUGGGACGACCCGGACGAGAAGGCCCCGUACGCCACGCCCGUGAUCAAGGCCGACCUGAACCCGAACUACAAGGGCGUGCUCAUCGCCUUCGAGUACAAGGCGCCGCUGAACGCGCUGACCAAGAGGUUCCUGUCGGUCAAAGUGUUCUCGAACAGGAAGUUCCACGCCAAGAGUGUCAUUGGACACACCAAGGUGGACUUGUGGAGCGUCGCGACGGGCCCCGUGCAUCAUGAUCAUCAUCUGAUUGGAUGUGACAAUGGCCGCGUGGUGUUUAACUGCUACAUGGAGCAGUGCAGCGAGUGGAACAUCUCGGUGAGUGACGUGGGCGUGAUGAUGCCCGCUAUUGCCAAUGAACUGGAUCGACCGGAGGGACACGAUUUCCAGGAGGACGCAUCCUUGCCCCUGAAGAAGUUUGGAGUGAGCUACAAGUGCACGAUCGGAACGAACGAGAAGUUUUACAUGGGCAACAAGCUCAAGCACGCGAUCAAGAGGGAGAUUGGAGACAUUCAUGAAGUGAGCUUCCAGUCGCUGGCGCGUCUGGCGGUGCUGUCGUCGCGAGUGUCACGACCGAACACCCAGCCGAAGGGAGAGGCUGGCGCGGAGGACGAGGCGGCGGCGGAUACGCUUGUGGCGCAGGACCCCAUGGGGGUGGAGUGGGCAACUUCGUCGGACUAUUUGCCGCCAAUUACGCGGUACAGCACGUUUGAUGAACUCAUGUCGGCGACGCUGACGCUGGAGGUUCGUCAAUUGCUGGUUGGUCGUGGUCAAAUGUCGACGGACCCCGACGGUGGCUUUUUGAACUUGCUGGAAAAAUACAAGAAAGACACGUUGGCAACUCCGAACACGGACGUCCAGUUUGAUGACGAGAUCAAAAACACGAUUCUGUUCGGCCAGACGUGGUUAUCUCUGGAAAAGAUUUUCGAAGACGCCCUGCAGGAACGGAUGAAAAAGAAAUACGACGCCGAUCCGAAUCAAGGCAUGAAUGGACUCGGCUUUUCCGAGCAGUUUGUCACGAGCAAAUUUGAGCAGAGCUUGACACUGAAGGGACACCAGGUUGGAGUGAUUUAUGGCACGAUUCUCUUCAAGCGUAUUCCCGAUGUUCGACAGCUUCGAUGUGGUGUGAACAGCGAGAAUGGCAUUUCGUCUUCGAGUUCUGUGAUCGUGGGGGCUGUGGCGGCAGGGUCUAAGAAGGCUCUUCGCAAGUCGAAGGUGGUGAUCCCUGUCGAGGCUCAGCGCGUGUUGGAGAAGAUGCAGGACCUCGUUGAACUAAUGGCUAAUCGACAAAAGGAUGACAAAGAAGGCAAAGUGCGGAAGGCGACCAAAAUCCUAAAAAUGCUCCAGGUCUCGCACAAGGCAUCGAUGCUGUCGUGGGUUUACGUGUCGGCUGAAGCGCUGGAAGAAACGAAAAACAUCCUACUGAGGUUAUGGCAGUUCCUGCUUGAAAAUAUCCGCGUCCGGCACUACACGCUACGAAAUGUUUUCUAUGAGCUGCUCUUCUAUUUAGUCAAGCGUGCGGAGCUGAGUGACUUGCCGCUGCUUGGAUUCGACUCGACAGUGGCAACUACCGUGCUUGGGACGAAGCAUACGCAUAAAGUGUCGAAAAAGGAUUUGGAAUUCGGUCUGAAGCUGCGGGCGAUGCUGGUGGAAACCAAGUUCUGCGUCCUUCAGACGGUCUCUGUGCGUGGUGUGAUGAACAACAACCUCAUGUUCUUCGUAGCGAGAAUGCUGUCGGUGUUGUGUUUCCGAUUACCAAGUUUCGGCGUGGAGCUGUAUCAGCUGUGGUCGGAGUCUUACAACGAGCCCGUACCUGAGCUCGCUGCUGAGUUCCGCAUGAAUGCUGACGCAGACUUGUUUGCCAUGGAUGGUCUGGAGGCUCAUUUGGACUGGCGGCGCUUCCACAAGGCGAUCUUUGAUGAGUACGGAGAGAAGGCUCUUCGACACCAAGAAGAAGAAGCCGAGGAUAAGUACGAAGUAACAUCAGAGGCUUGGAAGUCGCGAUUCCGUCGUCUUAACGGGGAAGCGAACACACUCAACAUCUUGCUGGUGGAUCAGUGGCUGUGGUAUGUGUUGGAUACCUUGGCUGUUUUGAACCAGAAGAUCGGUUGGGUACAUCUGCCUGGCUACACCCAAGUACUUAUGGUGUUCUUCUUAGAGUUGAAGACCCAGAAGUCAGGUUGGCUCCCCCCGACCCUGUACAAGCUGUCCUGUACAAUGCUGUCGAAUUCGAGCUUGAUUAACCCCAUGACCAAGUUUCUUCUUAGCAGCACCAGUGUACAUGACGUCACUGCGGUCAUCGGUGCUGUGGAGCUUCUCGGCGUGUGGAUGUACAUGAUUCGAAGUUGGCGCGUUCGCUUGAGCUCGUACCGACUGUCGCAUCUAGAGAAUAACGAUCGUUGGAACUUCCACCAAGACGAUCAGUACUCGAUUCCAGCAGGGGACGAGGUGUCGCUGCUGCCCCCGUCGUUCGACUUCCGGUUCCUGUGUGCGGCACUGCGCAUUCUGCUGGAUUCGGAGCACACGCAGGUGGUUUUGACAACUCUGGAGUUCCUCUACAACUGUUGGGAUUGCUUCCCAGAGAGGCAUGCAGACAAACUGCGUUUCGAGCUUCUCCGCUCUUUCAUCCGGCUGUUCCUCCACUGGCAUCGUGAAGUGCGUAGCUUCUUCCAGACGCUGAUCGCCUUCCGCGCCAUGAAGCCCCACGGAUGGACUCAAAAGGGAGCGUCGUUUGUGAACACCCCUCCUCACAGCCGGCGUCAGAUUGAUGCUGUGGCUGCAGACUUCAACUCGUCCCUUGGAACGGAGGGACACACUGACGGUGGGCGACGCUCUCGAUCUUACAGCGCGAGCAACCUGAUGGACUCAGUACAUAAACGACUAAGUUCAUCGUCUCCACGCUCGUCUCCGCGAACAUCGCCGUCACCGUCUCCACGGAAUUCCGGUUCGAGCUUGUCGUUGACAAUAUCGUCGCCGAAUAACCGCGGGUUUGGAAGUGGGCAUAGCACUCCUACGUCGGAUUACAAGAGUGGCGACAGUUUCCACUUGGAUAGAACUAAAACGCGCAGCAUCUCCGAGGACUACAUGAAGCACCCGCUCCAGCCGCAGCCGAAGAUGGACGCCAACAUCCAGACCAAGUUCAAUCGACUGCUGGAGUCAAUCUACAUCGCAGCGAAGAAAUACAUUGAUCGUCAGAGCGAGAACGGAAACCUUCUUCGAAGACAGACCAUGAAGGCGACGUGGAAGAAGAAGGGUAUGCUGCUCAAGCAGGGCUUCAUCUACAAAAACACUUGGAAAAACAAGUACUUUUCUCUCCAGAACAAUAAGUUAGGGUACGCAGACUCUGAGCAUGGCCCCAUCAAGCGCGAGAUCAACGUAAUUGGCAGCGUGGUAUCGGAGAUGUCAAACCAGCUGGAUCACUCACAGGGGACGCGCGUGGUGCUCUUCAACUGCUUCUCAGUCGAUAGCGGCUACCAGAAGUUUGUGCUGUGCGCGCCUACGUUCGAGGAUCAGCGCGAGUGGAUAGAAGUGCUGACCCAGAACGCGACGGCGGAGACUGCCGAGCGAAAAGACAACGAGACGCUGUCCCAGUUGGAUCUGGCGGAGGUCGCGGGUCAGUUGGAGUCGCUAGCAGGGAAAAACUCGACCGCGGACGAAGUCCCCGAGAACUUCUUGCCAUACUCGGUGCUGGCCGUCAAAGAGUGGCUGAACUUGCGCGUGACUGCGAUGGAGAUCGAAGGCAAAAUUGCUGCAGGGCAACCGUUCCAGAUGCCGGUACUGCUGUCCAAGUCGUCUCUGUACGCGGAUGACGAUUAG